AUGGUGCCCGGACGACCUGGUGGUUUCGUACCCUCGUACGUACACCAAAACGUCGCGAAUAACAAGUCAUGCACGGCCGACGCCCAAAGAGCCGCCGCCGAGACCCUCAAGUUUGAUCAGGCUCGCGCCGCCACUGCUGAGCGGCAGGACCGCCAACGAAGCAGCCAGGACCCAGGGGAUGCCGAGGCGGCAGAGAAGGACAAGGGGCCAAAUGGAGAUGAGCAGAAACCAAGACAGCUUCAGUAG